GAGAUGAUGAGUCGUAAAACGAGAACGGUUAUAAAAGUUUGCUAAAUUUUUUUUCAGAAAUUUGAGGAAAGUUUGUACAGCAUCUGAGUUCAUUUUCGCAAAUUUGUAACUUCGCAAAUAUAUAAUUAUGCAUAGCCUAUGCAGUCGUGUUUCUAAAAGUAAAACUUGAACAAGAGUAUAAUACAACUACAAGUUCGAUCUAGAUUUGACUUUUGAGUCGGAGAGUAACGAGUACUUCUGUGGUUAGGACUAAAUUCAUUUUAAAUUAGGCCUAUUGCUUUGUAAGUUAUUAACUUUGUUACUUUCAUAGACUGAUACUUUCAGCACGGUAUAAUCUUGGUAGUUAGCUUACUUAUCUGAACGUUACCUAUUACUAAUAUUAUUAUUCCCGCGACUGGCCAUGCCUUUGGUGCAAGCUAACAAUCAGUAACAUUUGAAGUUUAUAACUCAAAACAGUUACUCGGAUAGGCUUCAACAACUCGAAAGAAAACGCUGGUGAAACGGGGGUCGUUGCGUUAAGUCUGUUUUAGGUUAAUGAUUUACAAUUAUAAUAUGUUGUUUGAAUGUACAAUCAAACACGUAUUAUUGUAAAUUACUGUUUAGAUAUUUAAGUGAUGUUUCCCUAUAAUAAAAGGUUAUCACAUCAUAACAUUAAGUGACUGCAUGACAAAUACAAAUAAAAUUAUAAGCCUAUGAAUUCUUUGGAUCUGGAAUUGAGUAAGAAGUUAAAUGAAAUUGAGCAGAUGCUACAAGACUUGGACAUUGAUUCCCGUGCACUAAAUCAUAAUAGCUAUUUGCAUGUGAGUGAACCAGUUAACAAAGAUGAGCUAAUUCAAGAUAAAGCUGUUUUAAAUGGUAACCAGAAUGGAGACUUUGAAACAGUCAAUUUCAGAAAUUGUUGGGACCAUGAAGAUUUUAAAGAAUCUAGAAAACAGAGACCAACAGGAACAGCAACCAGAUACAGUACUGGUAGGAGUUUUGCAGACAAGUCUACAUGUAAAACUGUCUGUCAAUCUACUGAUGGGAAUAGGUUCCUUCCCUGCUCUCCUAUGUGUCAGGUCUCUUCCACACCCCUGUGCUCUGAUCUUUCCUCACAUGCUCAUUCUGUGACAGAUGGGAUCUUAACCACUCAGCCUUCCACUCAUUCUGUAAGCUCCUUUGCUGUAUCAUGGAAGGAAAUAGAAAACUCCAGUUUUUCAGAUGAUGAACUCCCAGUGCUUGUUAUUGAUUUGAAGGAGAGGUUGAAUCGAACAUAUCCCAUAUGGUUUCUUCCCGAUAUAAGUAGAGAAGGUGCUACCCAUCUUCUUCAGGGAAAAGAUGAAGGGAAUUUCAUUGUGAGAAAAUCAAGCACACAAAAUACAUAUGCUUUGACUGUUCGACUCCCUGAGGGCUGCAAACACAUUGAGCAUUACCUUGUGGAAAUCCUACCUGGUAACUUGUUUAAGUUGGAAGGAUCUCAAAAUAUAUUUUCCCAUUUACUACUACUUGUUUAUCAUUAUUGCCAGUGCUGUGACGAACUUCCUGUAAAACUGUGCUUGCCUCAAGCUUUAGCUCAAGCUACAACAUGUGCAGAACUGUCUUCACUUGCUCAUUUGGGUCAAGAAUUCUGGGUGUCUCUUUUGGUUCAAGGAGCUGUAGGAAUGCAUACAACCAGUGUAAAGAAAGUGGAAUCACAAGAAAACUUGCCAUUAACUACCUUCAAGCCUUUAACUUCACCUGCUGAGACACGCGAAAGUCUGAAACUGGGUGGAAGUGUGUUGCCAAUAAAACCACCAGUACCUCCUAAACCUGUUAUUUCAGCCAAGGUUCCUUCAUCUAUUUGCCCUUCUCAUUCUGUGUUACAAGCUGUUCACCAGAAAGUGCCAAACAUUAGUGAAAGCAGCAGUACCACAAAUUCUCUGUCACUCACUCACUGUAAAUCAAGCUCUCUUUUACAGACUGCUAAGAAAUUGAGCACAGUUGAAUCCACAGUAGAAAAUAUGGAAGUCAAGCGUGAGGAAACUUUAGUUUCACACUAUCAGCAGUCAGAUAUUGUAGACAAUCCCAUAGUUUAUUAUAGAAGUAGCUUAGAUGAUAAGGUAAGUGAUUACGAAGAUUUAGAGAAAUUUGAUAUGGGUAACAGAUCUAAUGUCAUUUCUAAUGAUAACAAACACAGCUUUGCCAAAAGUUUGGACCCUGAGAAGAAAGAGCAGAAAGAUACCACUUGUUUACUGACCUUUAAUAGACAAAACAUUGCUUUGGAGAAUUUUAGAAAGGAUCUAGUAAGUAGCAGCACUCAGACUUAUGAGGCAAAAGAAGAAACUCCUCUAACACAACCUACUGAGAAAGUUGUUCGCAGUAAUUCUUUCAAAAUACAAAAUACAGCUACUUGGAGAAGUAACGAGACUACGAGUAUGGAGUAUCAAGGUAUUUCUAGUCCAUUUUAUGCACUUCCAGUUGAUGCAGUUGAUAUUGUAAAUAAUGCACAUUUUUCAAGCUCUGUGACUCCUUCCCUAACUUCUACUGUUUUUACUCCACUGCAAGAUCAGCUUAAGACACGGAACUGCUUGCGAGACAGCUUCACAACAGAUGAAAACAGUUUGUCUGCAAGCAGAGAAAAAAUACAUAGUAAUCCUUUAGUUUCAUCUCAAAGUUACAACUCAAAAACUGAGAAUCCUAUACAGUUUUCAAAUGAACAGAAAAAACCUAAAGAUUGUGCAGUUGAAAACAGAAAUAUACAAGUUUCAUUGCAAUGCACCAAUGAGAAGUUAAAUAUACCAGUAAAAUCUCGCUGCUCGUUUAAAAAACGUGCACACCAUCAAGAAUGGGCUUCAGACACAUCAUGGGAGUGGUGUGACCAUGGGGAUGAGGAAGAAAAAGAACUGCAGGAUAGUGAGUCAGAAUGUGAACUAUCCGAACCUAUGUUUAGAAAUUACAAGCAACAAAAACAUACAGAGUAUGAAAACUUGAAGAGAAACAAAGACUUGGAAGAUAACCAGCCUGCUGAUAACAUUGAUGACACAUCCACUGUAUUUUCUGAGCCUUGGGACCAAAAAAUUUGCUAUCGUUUUCUUCAUUCUGCACCUGAAACCUAUAUUGGAAAAGAAGAUGUUACUGAAAAGGAGAAUCCUGAGCAAACUAUGAAAAAUAAUCAACUGAAAAAUGUGAAGAUUGAAACACCUACAAGUAGUGAUGAAUCACGUCACUCGUCAUCUGUAAAUAGCGAAACUGAUUCAAAUACUGAUGAUCAAAUAUGGAACUAUCCAACUAUUCCAGCAGAUGGCCAUAUGACAGGAAAUAAUGACAAUGUUCAGACUAUAGCAGGUCACAUAACAGCUGCUCUACAGAACAUCCAUACACCACAAGGUGAAGUUAUUAGAAAUUACAUUUUCAGAUUAGCUAAUGACAAGAGCACACUCUUUGCCAAGCAGAUUGUCAGCUUCAUAGAAUGUACCAGGGAGAGCCGACAAGUAAACCCUGAAGAUAACCUAAGACUUAUUAGGCAGUUCAUGAGUGGCUUGAGUAACUUCUUAGUGAAAAAUGGGGAAGGAAAGUUUGCCGAGCUAAUAAAGCAAGAGCAAGGCAAGUUACAAGCAGACAAGUUUUUGAAUAUUGAUUUAAUCAUAGAAGAAACUCUUCAUGAGCUGGUGAUUAAACCAUUGAAGGAAUAUAUAUAUCAACUUUUCAAAAAUGAAUACACGAGAGAUGGCUCUUUGCAGUUACUUACAGAAAGUAUAAAGUAUGCUAAAACUAAAACGCCCCAAGAACUUGGAAUUCGGGAUGAAUUGCAGCCACCAGACUCAACUGGCCUUGACAUUGUAAAGACUUAUUUUAAGCGUAUGGAAAAUGAACAUUCUCCCUUAAGAAAACUUGAAAACUUACUUGGAGCAAUGUCCAGUAUUUGCAAUAAUGUACAUGGUAAUAGAAAAUCUCAAGGAAAUGACCAUGCUUCCCUUGGUGCUGAUGACUUUCUUCCAAUAUUCAUCUAUGUACUUGCACAGUGUGAGCUCAUCUCUGCGGAGAUUGAAGCUAAUUACAUGUGGGGAUUGUUACACAGUUCCUGGCACUCGGGAGAGGGUGGAUACUACCUUACCACUCUCAGUGGUGCUGUUCAUGCCAUUAAGCAGUUGCAGCUUGAAUCCAAAAGGAUUCUGAGAAAACCUGCUAUUUCAUUUUUCAGUCCAAUAAAACAACCUGAGGAAAAAAUACGUUUACCGAGUGUUGGUGAUCUGCAGAGUUGCAUGAAGAUCUUGUUUCCUGAGGAGAGUAGUGGAGACAUUCGCUACAAGACGCUGCCUGUAAAACCUAAUAUGACUACUAGAGAAGUUUGCAGAAUGGCAGCUUCAAAAUUCUGUGUCACUAACCCACAAGACUAUGGCUUAUUUAAGUUAGUUGGAGAAGUAGAAACCAAGCUAGAAGGAGGUGAAUGUCCACAGACAGUGAAAGAUGAGGGAGUGGUUAGUGGUCAGGAAAGUUUGUUUAUAUACAGACGCUGUGAUGGCAAAUUUGUGUGGCCUUGCUGGUCAAAGUUUUAAGGAGUUCUGUGAGCCUGUUACUUAAUACAUUAAGAAAUGCUCAAAAUAUUGAUAUUUUGCUAGUUUGUUGGACUGGUUUUCAUGUAACCAUUGUAUAAUAGAUUUUUAUCUAUGUUUGUGAUAACUAAUAGCUUAACAGUAACUGACAUUUGUAAUUUCAUGCUGGUGUAAGUAACUGUAUUAACUUGUUAUACAUGACUACUAGGUUUACUUGCAACAGUUUAUACAUUAAAAUUAUCUGUCUCUCUAAAAUACUUCAUGGUAAAGUACAUCAUAUCUUUCUGUACUCUAUUAUCAUACAUGUUAGUUUACAAUAGCUAAUGAAGUGACCAGCUGAAAACACUAGUUUUGAGCAGUGUUAGCUCUCAUGUCAGAUGCAUGUACAUUUCUUAUUUUGAAUAUGAAACUUGAUAGAAAUAGUCAGCUAUAUGCUGAACAAUCUCAAAUCACACUUUUUGAAGUGAAAGAGAGCUUAAAGAUGGGUUUUAUGUACUAACAACAAUAUAUAAAAGUGUAAUAUGUAGCUUAUUGAAUGUUUUAUGGUUAAUUUUUGUAUUAGAUUCUAUUUCUAUUUGAACCUGACAUUAUACAUUAUCUUCAGAUGUGAAAAAAAUAUUUUUUUAUUCCUUUGUAUGAUACUUUUUCCUAGAACAUUAACUAGGUGUAUGUACUUACUCUUUAAUCUUGACAUAAAAGUAUGUUAUCUCAAAUAUAUAUAUGAUGAUAGUAGUUGAAACCUUGGAAAAACAACAAAAUGUGAAACAUGGCUUGAUGGUUAAAUAAAAAAAAAACUUUUUAAAAGUUUAUCAGCAUUACUUUGAAUAAGAUGAUAAGGAUAAUUAACAGCAACAAACACUUAUCUGAGAUGUACAGUUUUUGUAGUUUUUUAUGUUUUCAAAAUUAGCAAGAUAAUUGAAUUGGUGAUCCAAGUUUAAAAUGUUUCAACCUGGGUAGUAAGUUUCUUUCACUUUAAAAUCAUGCCAUGUCUCAAGUCAUGUGGAACUUUAGUAAGUUUAUGAUUCAAUGAACAUUUUGUUUAAAAAUAAUGGAGAACAAAUUGUCUUAAGCAACAAAUAUACAUUAAUAGUACUUUAGUGGAUUAUUAUAAACUUUUAUGUAGGAAAAUAAUGUGCAUUUCUAUUUUUUUACAUUUUGAUAUUGGCAGCUAAAGUGAUGACAGUACACUAGCUCAAAGUAAAAGCAAAUUAAAUUUGAAACAGGUUUCUAAAUCCCUCACCAAGGCUGUUCACAGUUUAUCUUAACAAUUUAUCUAAAGCAGUUCACUUCUUUCCAGUAAGGCAUUUAAUCUUUUUUUAUAUAAUAAUUUAUGCUUUUGAUGUAAAUAAAAGACUUAAGCUAGUACUGCAAGCGGAAACUGGUUCAAAACUGUUCUGUUAGCUCAUUGCUUAUUUUUUCCAUCUAAAGGGUAUAGGAAAAAUGAAUUUUCAGAAAUUAAAACGCAAUAGAUCCAUUCUGUAAAAAGGAGAUCAAACUAAUCUUACCCAAUAAUGAGUGUUUUUGUUUUGUUUGAUUCAGAUCAUUUCCAGAAUAAUAAUAAUUAUCAUAUUAGCAAACAAAAAAGAGAAUCUUCUUUUAUGCAUAUGUUUUGCAGUUUUGGUAGCUUCUACAGGAAAAUGGCAAAAUAAUAUAAGCCUUUCCUGAAAGACUGUUUAGAUUUUACCAAAGAUUUAUUAAUCUACAACAAACUUAGUUUUUGUAUACACUAGUCUUUUAAUGUUGAAAUCAUGUAAUAGGACAACCACAGACAAGAACUCUCUAAAAUGAGUUGAAGCUGAUAUUGCUAACAACAUUAGAUUAAAAGAUCGUAUAUAACUUCAAUAUCGGCGAGAAUAAAAAUUAACGAUACUGCUAUUCUGUAAGAAAAAUUGUGUAUGCUACUGAUGAUAAAAACUAAAUAGGUUAACAGAGGUAAAGACUAUUUUCUGCAACUAUUUUUGUAAAAUUGUUUGAAAGCAUUGUGAUAUGAACUUGGAAAACCAUUCUGCAUUGUUCCAGUUAUUGUAAUAGUAUUAGUUUGCAUCUUUAUAAAUCAACCACAUGCUUCUUUUUUAAUAGCUGGUUUUUGUUGUUGUUGCAGAGAUAAAAGUUAAUAGGUUAGUGCUGAGAUACUGCUUUAAGCUUUUUUUUUUACAUUGUCGCAAAGUUGAUGCAUAUGUUGGAAUUCCUGUUUUAGGACAGUAAUGACUAAUCGUAGAUCUGAUCUGCUUUCAGUGAAAGGUUUUGAGAGUAUAUUUUGCUUGCUGUUGAUUUUGAGAGUCAGAAAUUGUACAUUUGAAUCAAACUUGUUAGUGCAGUUCCAAAGCAUAUUCUAAUUGGAUGUUUUUAAGAAUUAUUACUUUUACUGUUAGUAUAUGUUUAUUAAAAGUUUUGUUUGUAAAGGUCUAAAAGAUUGGUGGAAAGACUUAGAAGUGUGAUGAUAAUAUAUAUGGAGAUAGUACCAAACAUACUUAAAAUUAUAAGGUAUAAUCAGAAUCAGCUUGAAUUAUCUAAAAAAUUAAUAAAAUUGUUUUAUUAGUUUUUUAUUUAUAAACAUUUUUAGCUUGUAUGAAAUUACUAAUAGCUUAGUGUAUUGAAAGAAUAUGCUUUUGUGAAUAAUGUGUAGUGUGCCUAAUUUUAUAGAAUGAAUUACUUUUUCAAAUGUGUAAAUAACUCCAUGCUCUCUCUUUCUAGACAUUGGUAAGGUAAUUACUUCAUUAUUUUUUAUAGAAUAACUUGUGAUUUUUGCUUUCAAAAUUGAACAGUUGAAGAAUAUAUAUAUAUAAAGUUUUGUGACAUUAUUCUUUUAACAUUAUCAUACUGUAUCUUGAAAUGGUUAUGGGUAACUAUUAACCCUUUAAUUGCGUAAUUAAAUUUUGGGUUGGUUCUCGAAAAGUGUCGGUUAUCCAUUAGAAAAUUAAAUUUAGAAUUUGAUAUUUUUCUAGACCAUUUUCAUUAUCAAAAUCUACUAGUUGUGCUUUUACUCGGUGAUGUACAGUACUAAAGCGGAAAAUUCCUUGAUAAGACGUACGAGUAUCUUGGUUGCGAUACUGUGGGAUAAAUCUGCUUGUCGCACCAAAUGGCGAUAAAUGUCAAGUUGGGUUAUAGCAUCCAAAGGGUUAAAAUAUUUUUUCCCAAUCUCAUCUCUUGUUAGUGCCAACAUUGUUCCUUUCAAUGAAACUAGACUGGAAAUGGUAUGUUUAUCCAAAAGAUAGUUUUACAAACAGAAUCAAUAAAAAAAAUUAAUGUACGAGAUAUCUGAUUGUUUUUUGUGGUUAUGGUUGUUGCAAAGAAUAUAGGGAUAAAAUUUGAAACUAAUCUUCUUUUUUUUAGUUGGUGCUUUGAAUGUUGUUAUUUUUAUGCCUAUUCUGUUUUGCAUAGUUUUUUUCUCAAAUGCCAACUUUUGAGUAUUUUUAUGUAUAUUUGUGUAUAAGCUUUUUUUGUAAAUUGAUUUGCCUCUCUGUUUAGCUUAAAGUUGGUAAAAUAGUUUUCAGACCAACCAUUGUUGUAUAAAAAAAUACAAACUUUUGUUUUUUUAGUAGAUAACUUUGUGUAAAUUUCUGUACGUCAGGUCCUUGAUAAGACUAUAGUAUAUAACCUGGGAAAGAAAGUUAAAACUCUUGUGUUAUUAACAUUUGUUAUAUUUUUCUAGUAUGUUAAGCGUUCUUUAAAAAAAAGUUAGGUUCUCAGUUAUUAUACUUUUCUUUAGACUUCUUGAUAAGUUAGAUUUGAGAAUUAAUGAAGUGAAAUAUCAUUAUACUUAAUUAAAACAUUGCCAAAGAAUUUCAAUAUACCUUUGUUCUUUGUAAAACAACUAAGACUUUUAUGAAAAAUAAACCAUAUCUUAACACUAGAGCUGUUUUAACAUACAGAGUAUUUUCUGUUCCAGGUUGGUAACUCACAAUGCUUGUAUUUACUUAGUAGACACACUUUUCUGGGCCAAACUGAUCAAUAAAUGUUAUAUGCUGUAUCGCAUAUUUAACUGUACCAUAGUUACACUGACUUAACAUUCCCUGUUAUAUUAGAUUACUGUAGUAAAAUGCUCUUUCCUUUCUUCAUGUAAAGCAACACAAAGCUUACACGUGAUAGUGUCUGAGAACCUUAAUUUUUUUUUUUUUUUCUGUUUGGCUUUGUUACAAUCACAUGUUAUUGAUUUCUCUCUUGGUCGGGUUUCCUCUUCAUGUUCAGCAAAGUUUUGAAACAAAGUACUUAUUGUGUAUUUGCACUCCAUGUUGGUGGUUUGUCAUUAUAAUAAAACACAGAUAUAGUACUCCAAAUGAUGAUUUUGGUUUGUUCAGCAACAUUGUCUACAUAGUUUCUGUUAAAUUUGUGAGUUAAAAGUUAACAAAAAUAUAAAUUGUUUGGCAAAUUAAUUAAAAACUACAAAAAAAAGUUACUUUAAGAUGAAAUGUUAGUUUAAUAAUUUUGAGUUUCUAAAUGUUUAAUAUUGACUUAUUUCCUUCCUUUAUCUGUUUUUUCUGUAUUUUAGGCUUACAAUCAAUUUUAAAACCAGUUUACUUGGUGCAAAUUCCAAGAAAGUACUAACAUCCUUUGCUUCUGUGAACAAGUUGCAAAGUCUAAUAUAAAUGGUCUUAAAUGCUGGACAGUUAAGCUUUCUUAGUUUAAACUACAAAAAUUGGUAUGUAUUGUUUGAAACACAGUAGUACUUAAUUUUAUUUUAACAAACCAGCACAUAACUGAUUUCACCAAAGAUCCAUGCAGUUGUUUUGCAGUUUUCAGAUAUGAUAAGUAGUUUUUAACACUUCAGUGAUGUGAUGUAAUAGAAAGCUUCAAUAGAUAGACAUUUAUGCCAGCUGAAGUUAAUAUGAUCAAGAUGUUUAUUAUAGCUUCUUUAUUAUAACUAACAUUAGUUAUAUUCCUAGUAAAGAUGUUUUAUUGAUAUCUUAGACUUGAAUAUGUUCACAUCUAUUUAAAGAAUACUAACUAUAUCUAUAAUUAAAAUUUUUCGUAAUAAAUGAAUUUUAAAAUAUUUGUAAUUUUUGAAGUUAAAAGACUCAGUCAUAUUAGGAUUUAUUAUUUAUUUUCACUAAUAUCAAAAUAUUCAAGAUUUGUAAUGUGUGUAAAUGUCAGUGAAACAGCUACACAUUUAUGUUUACUAACAUAAAUAAUGUGUGUAUAUUUCAUUUCUUGUCUGAGUAAUUAUCAAGAACAGAAUAUUUCAUACUGCCCCACUCUUGGGAUUGCAAUACUACUAUUUCAUAGAACUGCUAAACCUGUGGUAACAUUUAAAAUAAUCUAACCUGCAAGAGUUGUAUAUCAUUACACUGUUGCUCAGUGAUACUUGUGAUAAGUAAAAAAAAGGUCUGAAAAUAAUACUGUGGAUAGUUAAAUAUGUUUUGCUAUAAUUAUUUGAAUAAUAUUGAACUGCAUGUAAACUGUCACUGUAAAACAAAUUAUAUUUUCCUGGACUGAAAUUUUAUGCAAAAUGUUUUGACUUUCAUAAUAAUUAGCUUCAGCCUUUAAGAUAUUUAAAAAUGGUCCACUCCAGAAAGUAUUCUUCUGAAAGUGAUAAUUAUCAUAAAUAUUCCAUGCUUUGUGUUUAUUCAUUGUGCUAUUAAUUGUGUAAUUUGGACAGUAAGAACUAUACACAAGUGACACUGAAGAAUACUUUAGCAUUUAUCUUAGUGUAUCUUCUCUAAUUGUGUUUAACUAGUUCCAUCUAUGUUAGUGGUAGUCAGUUUAUGCAUUUAUGUGGAUGAUCCUUUCUAAAAAGAUUGUAUUCUAAAUUAUUUCCAUAACUGUGAGUUAAACUAAGUGCUAAUAUAACAAUAUUAAAUGAGAAUGAUAAUUAAAGUGAAAAAACAAUUAUCAGAAAUGUAUUUAUAUAAGAGAUUUUAAAAACUUGUACAAUUUAGUAACCAUCAAUGUUGUAUGUUACUGAUAGAAGCAAAAAACUAACAAAAAUAUUAAAAUAAGCCAUUUCACAUUAUUUUAUUGUUAAUUAUUACAAUUAAACAUUCCUUUUAUGUUUUUAUUUGGAACAUGUUAGUAUUUUCAAGUCAUCUCCAAAGGAUAUAAUUUUCUACUAAAAAGGAACUAACAGUUUUUUUUUAUUUUAUGUUAACCAUAGAAUUACUACUAAAAUAUUUUUGUUUUUAGAAUUAUCUCAUUUAUUAAAAAAGUUAUUGAUCAGAAUUUGAGCUUUGUUUUUAUUUUUAUGUGAAAGAUGUAAUAGAUUUACAGGAGACCUUGUAGCUAAAUUAUGAAGGUAUAUGUCCAGUCAGUAACAGUUGUAGAAAUGUCUUCCUGUGUGGAUAAUUAAUAUAAAAGUUUAUGCAGU